GCACAGUCUUUCAGACCUGGGAGGCAGUGGAGUCCGAGAACACGUUCACCAGGAUCCUGAUAGACGCAGGCAUCAAGUACGACAGAGUAUCCCAAAGCCGCAAGGAGCGCCAGCAAGGAGGAGAAACAGUGGACCAUCGGGCAAGGGGGCCACCGCACGUUCAGCUGUGGGGAGCGCUCGCGGUGAACCUCGUGAACAACCUCGACUCGUUCUUGGACAGAAGCGACACCCACAACGAGAGCGAGACGAAAACAUGUCGGGAUUACUUCCAGAGGCGCCUGGCCAGCAAGACUCCCACCGACGUGGCGAAGCAUGUGUUCCACUUCCGCUACAGGAAGUUCAAGGGGAAGAUAAAUCAGGAGGAGGACGGGGACGGCCAGGAGAAGAAGGGCAGGUCGCUGCUGAUCCAGUUCUUGAACUCAGAGAAGAGUCUGGCGACGCAGCUUGUGGGGCCAGCCCCGCGCGGGCCGCUCGAGCGCGAAGCAGAGAAGCUCCUCACUCUCAUCGAGAAGGGGCAUGGAGGCGAGGACAAGGAGAUAUGA